AUGGUUGGCCGCCUCAGCAUGAAGACCAAAAAGACAGUCCAGUCUGGACAGAACUCCCUCACGGAGAAGAACCUCAGACUUCACAGCUCCACGUACACCAACUGCACUGCUUCCCAAGAUCGUCUAUGUGACCAAGACCGAAAAUGGGCAGAGUCGUCAGAGCUGUACCGCUUCGAGGACGACUUGAGCGAGUCUGGUGACGAGGACCUCGACACUAGGAGGUACAAUAUCGCUCUGAGGAAGGCCGCAUCAUUGGAAGCCAUGAAGAUCUACGGUGGUUGCUUCACAUCCGGAUUCCUCGCCAUGACGCACGGAGACCUCGACAACCGCAAGAUGUCUUGCCCUGACGCCGAGGGUAUCGACCUGCAGAGGCUCGCCGUCGAAAUGGCUCGCGUCGACACCGGCAGCAUCGAGACUGGGUCGAGAUCCUCAGACAGCUGCGGUAGCCCGCGACCAGACUCGGACACCUUGAGUCGAGUCGACACACGAGAGAGGAGUGAGAAGAAGUGGAGCUGGAGGAGCCUCGGAAAGAAGAGGCGGUGCGAGAGGAACGCGGCAUGA